AUGUUGUUAACUCUUCUUUUUAUUAUCGCGCUUAUACCAUCUGUUUCAAGUGUAGGGAACGAUGUCCCAAAGUAUUACACAUUAAACAAAUAUAUUAACAAAGCACUACUUCCCCUCCAGUCUGUAAUCAAAGACGCCAUUGGCGUUCCGACGAUCCCUCUCCACCCCGAAUAUUUCCACACAAAACCAACACUUUCCUUCGAUGAGAAAAUCCCUCAAACCCCCAGCGAAAGACUUCAAUACUUCGAAACACUUCUAUCAAAGUCCUUCAUCCCAAAGUUCCCGUUUCACCCAACUUUCUUGGGAAAGGACAAAGUCCAACCACACCCACAUGCAUUGAUUAACUCCAAAAAGUCCAACGAGUUUAAAGAGACUUUUAAAGACGCUGCAGACACAUACUCGGACGUUCUUCUCUCAGUUGAUCGAUAUAACAGUUAUCUACUGCUUUAUCUGAUGGGGGUCGAAAACGACAGCUUCUUUCAAGUUGUUUUUGAAGAUGCUUUCAAUUACGAAGAUUACAAUUUGUUGUUGAUAUUAGGAGCGAUGUCGGAGGAAGACAAAGUGAGUGAUCGAACACGGAGUUAUAUCUCGGAGCACAGUCACGACAACAAUGAGUUUGCUGGUGUUCUCUAUAACACCUCAUAUGUCUAUGGAAAUACCACGCUAGCAAAAUCGUUUUUAGAGGCGUGGGAAGUGAAGAAUGGAGUGGAAGAUGCUCUAGAAAUUUUGCACAAAGACAUGGACUAUAGCGAUGCAGCCUGGUUCUUUUAUGCAACCCUCAAACGGCCUGUUAAUACCCACACCUACAAGUUAAUACGUAACUUUGUGUCGUACACAAAGAGCAUUGAAGCACUUCCAAUUUACAUUCAAUGUGCCAAACAAAUGAACAUCCCAAUAGACGAACAAUUGCAGAUUGUUGAACAAGUGAUGGUGGAGAGUUAUCUUCCCUUCUUCCUUUUAAGUGAUUUUGCUCAGGAAUUAUACAGUAAUGGCGACUACAAAUCCGCUGAAGUCAUUUGGCUUUAUUUGGGCGAAGUUGGCUAUUCUCAAUGUACCAUGAGUGCCGUUUCAAUGUUGUCAUCUCGCAAAUACGACUGGAUUCUUCAUAUAUCGAAGUAUGAAGAUAUAGUUCUCCGCCUGAUAUCCACAGCAAACAAGAACAAAGAGAGUCUUGCGUUACGAGAUCUUAAUCAAUUGGAUGGGUGGGGUGAUGCUGAAAUCUCGAAGCUCUAUUUCUUUAUUAAUAAAACAGAACAAGCCGUUUCUUAUAUCAAGAAUGCUGCUCAGAAAGGAGAUUUAAGUUCUCUCAUCACACUUGCAGUGAUGUACCAAUAUGGGUGUUAUGUCGAGACAAAUAAGACUCGUGCACUCAACUACUUAGACGACAUUUCUAAAAACUCGACGGGGCUUGCUGGUGUGCUAUUACACAUUUCAUUCACACUCGACACGUUGAUGGACUUUGUAUUCGAACACUACAUCGUCGUGAUAUUAGGGAUACUCACAUUGUUGGGGACUAAAGUGUAUGUCAAAUGGGGUUCUCCUCUUUCGCAGUACUAA